AUGCCCAUCAAGCAUAGGUGUCUAUCUGCAAAGUCACCUUGCUUCGUACACUCACACCUAGAUAAAGGAGCAUCGCUCCAGGAUUGGCUUGAUAUCCAUACUAAGGAUAACGAGGUACCUGGAUCAGGCGUUGGAGUCGCCAAGGCUCUUCAGCAACACCAUCGGCCUCAACACCACCUUGAAUUCUCUUAUCCUGAUGAAGUCUCAGAAGAUGAUGAUAGCGAUACAUAUGGCGGCAACCUUGCGAAGCAGCUGGCAGAGGCAGCAGUCGGGGUUCGUGAAAUGAGCAAGCAACUCGGACGUGCUCGAAUAAAAUCCAAUAUCCAGAACGUCCUCAUUGUAACCAAGCCCAGGGAUAACUGCCUUAUCAACCUGACGCAUGAACUUGCAUUGUAUCUGAUGCUUAAACAUCGUGAAGGGGGUCAAGGCCUUAUUGUACCAUCAACUGCGCAUUCGAGGAGGUUUGACGCCGAAGGUUUACAAAGAGAUCAUCCAGAAUUGUUUGAGCCUCUCUCACGAAGACGGUCAUCCAGCAGCAACUCUCUCUCUUCCUUGUCAUCGUCAUCUACUCAUCAAGAUGAUUUCAACACGCCCCAGGAGGACUCAGCCAUUGACGCAGGGAAAGUGCCCAAAAAGGGUGAAACAGGUGAAAUCAUGAUGAAGGACGCAAACAAAGGAAGACGGGAGGCACUCGAAGGAGGCUGGUCUGGCGGAUUUACCACCUCGGAGGGCAACAAGUGUUUGAAGGAUGAGGACCUCACUCCCGCAGGAUUCUUGCACGAGUUUGCGACGUCUGACCCAUCUCAGUCAGGCAGUCAGACUCCAUCUCACAAGUUCCAUAACGAGGGUCGCGAAAACGGUACGGGUACCACUAAACACGGCUCCUUCAAAUUUCCCGAGACGGGUGGCCAUUACGCUUGGUCAUUCCGCUCUCGUAGUCAUGAGGAUAUGAUGGAGUGGUGGAAUGAUGCCAGAAUACUAUGUGCCCGUUAUCUUGUCGCUAUUGAGGCGGCAGUCCGUUCUGCCGGAUAUGUCAGUGACGAAGAGGACGAGGAAGAUGGGUCUAGCAUUGAACAGGACCAGGAAGACGAAGAUGAGGAUAAUCUGUAUGAAGAUGCUGACGCUGUUGUUGAUGACGAGGAGGAUCAUAAGACUUCGCCUUCUUACUCCAACCCCACCAAGAAUUCUUUCAAUGGCACACAUCAGGAUGGCUACGCGCUAGACAAACGAGCGUCGUCGAUGAGCCACGACGACAGCAUUGCUUCGUCACGCCAAAGCAAGCGUCAGCAGGAAAAGGCAUCCGAAGGACGACCUUCACAUGACCAACAAUCAUCUGAUACUGUGGGUCAAGCUCCUACUCAUACGUUAACUUUCACCACCGGUUACAAAGGGGAGAUAAUGGCUUAUGUAAGAAGAGAAGUCAAUCUUGGCGCUUAG